UAUAAUUAUUUUCUAUAUUUCUAAUUAAUGUGGGAUUACCCAUCUCUCUCUCUCUCUCUCUCGCUCUCGUUCAGACACACUCACCCGCACACUGAUACAAAGGAAACGUUUGUGGAGCAAGAAAAAGAUUAACAAAAGAUAUUAGCAAAGAAUAGAAACCAAGGAAUGAAUGGUGUUUCAGCUGUUGAACCGGAUUACUCUGAGUUUGUUGAAGUUGAUCCUACUGGAAGAUAUGGAAGAUACAAUGAAAUUCUUGGCAAAGGAGCUUCAAAGACAGUUUAUAGAGCCUUUGAUGAGUAUGAAGGGAUUGAAGUAGCAUGGAAUCAGGUGAAGCUUUAUGACUUCCUACAAAAUCCUGAAGAUCUUGAGAGGCUGUACUGUGAAAUUCAUCUGCUCAAGACCCUUAAACACAACAACAUCAUGAAGUUCUACACUUCUUGGGUUGAUACUGCUAAGAGGAACAUUAACUUUGUCACCGAGAUGUUCACCUCUGGUACUCUCAGACAGUAUAGGCUGAAGCACAGGAGAGUGAACAUUAGAGCCGUGAAACAUUGGUGUAGACAGAUUUUGAAAGGGCUUCUGUAUCUCCACAGCCGUAACCCACCUGUUAUCCACAGAGACCUCAAGUGUGACAACAUUUUUAUCAACGGGAACCAAGGGGAAGUCAAGAUUGGAGAUCUUGGCCUCGCAGCAAUCCUUCGCAAAUCUCAUGCCGCUCACUGUGUCGGAACACCCGAGUUCAUGGCACCGGAGGUUUAUGAAGAGGAAUACAAUGAAUUAGUUGACAUAUAUUCUUUUGGAAUGUGCAUCUUGGAGAUGGUCACGUUUGAAUAUCCAUACAGUGAAUGCACCCACCCUGCUCAGAUAUACAAGAAAGUUGUCUCUGGGAAAAAACCAGAAGCUCUUUACAAAGUAAAAGAUCCCGAGGUGCGACAAUUUGUUGAGAAAUGCUUAGCAGCCGUGUCACAUAGGCUCUCUGCUAGGGAGCUUCUGAAGGACCCUUUUCUACAAAUUGAUGACUAUGGAUUCUGCUUAAGUUCAGUAGAGUACCGAGGAGAUUUUGAUGAACUGGGCCCUUUCCUAAGACAAUCUCAUUAUGGAAGUUAUAACAUAAACCAUUCUUUCAUCGAUGGGUACAGCAAUUGUCUUGGUUAUUCCGGUGAAAAUGAUUUGGAAUACCAUCCAGUUGAGUUUGGAAUGAGUGAAAUUGAUCUCUUCACUUGUCAAGAGGAUGAGCAUUUGGCAGAUGUAGAUAUCACAAUCAAAGGGAGGAGAAGAGAAGAUGAUGGCAUCUUCUUAAGGCUCAGAAUGGCAGAUAAAGAAGGCCGUAUUCGAAAUAUCUACUUCCCAUUCGACAUUGAGACUGACACAGCAUUGAGUGUUGCAACAGAAAUGGUGGCGGAGCUUGAUAUUACUGACCAAGAUAUGAUAAAAGUAGCAGACAUGAUUGAUAGUGAAAUUUCCACUUUGGUCCCAGAGUGGAAUAGGGGGCUGGGCAUAGAGGAAAGUUUACAUUGUACAAAUGGAAAUUUCUGUCACAAUUGUGUUUCAAAAGAUUCCCUAUUGGAUUAUGUUUCAUCAAAUUGUCCAGGUCCCAAGAAUCUGCAAGUUCUUCAGUGUUCUAAACAAGGAUGUGCUGCUAUCCAUGGACGUUUCGAAGAGAUAACAUACCAAGUUGAAGGGUCGGAACAAUGUGUAACAGCUGGGGAGCUAAAAACAUCAAGCCAGUUUGGUGGCAUCCAUUUUGCUGAUAUCUGGGCUCAGAGAGAAGGUUUAGAAUUGAGUUCACCAGGCUCGAAGGAUAUAUGUUGCAAUGAAGGAGACAACACAUUGGACCAAUUGACGUUUGGAAAUGAGAGAACUAUAAAUAUGGAUGAUCAAAGUGAAUAUGAUGCAAGAAACUCUCCCUCCACAACCCGUUCAGCAGAGCAUGCCCUCUUGGAUGAUUAUGAGAAUGAGAUCAGGCAAGAAUUAAGAUGGCUCAAAGCUAAAUAUCAAUUGCAGUUGAGGGAACUCAGAGACCAACAACUUGGGGCGAAAUGGAAAUCUUCAAGCUUAUCUCAGAAGUCUUUCAACUUUGAACAUGAGAGAGAUAAUGGAUUUUCCCCUCCUAUGCCCCAGCUAAAAAGAGAGAACAAUGGACCUCUUCUGAAAUCUUUGCCCUCUGGGAAGAAUUUCACUACGGAUUUUCUCAUUGAUGCUGAUAGGAAAUGCUCCACUGUGGCAAACCGAAUGACCGAAAACUCUGAGACAGUGAAUGUGUCCUACAGUCCUGAGAACAUGUUUACAGCCAAGAAUUUCUACACGGGACCUUUGCUGCUUCCACACUCUCUUCAAAGGGCAACUUCUCUUCCAGUUGAUGCUGUAGAUGUUUAAAACACCAAACCUUCGAGCUUUCCUAGGCUGCCUCUUCGAACGGAAGAAAUAAUGGUGAUGGAUCAUGCUUGUACAAGUCAGAGAUGCAACUUCCACAGCUCAUAGAGUUUUUUCCCAGGUUAGAUAGCAUCGCUUGGGUAAAAAUGAGUUAAUGUACAUUUCCUGCUAACUUAAAAGGUAAACCGUGUUUCAGAAAUUUUCUGCUACGUCUCCCAGAAGAUAGGAUGGUCAUGACUCAUGACCCUCUGAUCUCCAUUUUCAUUGCUGCACUUUGUGAGAA